AAUGCCCACAUCGUAAAUAUUUUACCUCUCAUUUCUCAGUUUUUCUGAACAAAUCUUUAAAACUUCGCCAGAACUUGGCCAAAUUAUCGCGCAAUCGUCUUAUCACCCAACUUUACUCGCAUACAAUCUCUACUGCUGAUAAGAAACGCUUAUUCUCUCGCCACAAUGUCUCUCAAGCAAGUUUUUGAAGACAUCGAUGCCUCCUAUGAGCGUUACAAGGCAAUUUUGGCUGAAGCCGUGGCCAUCGACAGUGUUUCGGGCGACCCAACUCGGAGGCCUCAGACCAUUCAAAUGAUAAAAUGGAUGAAGGAACGCUUGGAGAAACUGGGAGCAAAAUGCACUCUCGAAGAUUUAGGACAUCAAACUGUGGACGGAAAAGAGCUACCCUUACCUCCAGUACUUUUUGGGCAACUCGGUGAUGACAAGUCAAAGAAGACUGUUCUAGUAUACGGACAUUUAGACGUUCAACCAGCGCAGAAAAGUGACGGUUGGAAUACUGAACCGUUCGUGCUAACGGAAAAGAAUGAGAAGCUUUUCGGUCGUGGAGCUUCUGAUGACAAGGGCCCAGUACUGUGUUGGGCACAUGCCAUAGAAAUGCUACAAAAGCAUAAGAUGGACAUCUCUGUUAAUGUCAAGUUCUGCUUUGAAGGCAUGGAGGAGAGCGGCUCAGUAGGCUUACCAGAGCUCUUAGAACGGAGCAAGGACACUUUUCUGGCUGAUGUUGAUUUCGUUUGUAUUUCGGAUAGUUACUGGUUGGGAACAACAAAGCCGUGCCUUACUCAUGGCCUGAGGGGUAUAACAUCUUUCAAACUUGAGGUUACUGGUAUCCAGCAAGAUCUCCAUUCCGGUGUGUACGGAGGAGUCGUACAUGAACCACUCCAAGAUCUCGUAUGGAUCAUGUCUCAAUUAACUUCAGUUGAUAAUCGAAUUCUUAUCCCAGGCAUUUAUGAUGAAGUUGCACCGAUGACUAAAGAAGAGGAUGAACUUUACGAAAAAAUUGAUUUUGACGUCAGCGAAUUCCGUGAAAGUGUUGGCGCAAAGAAAUUACCCACAGAAGACAAGAAAACUCUACUCAUCAGACGAUGGAGGGAACCUUGUCUGUCGCUCCAUGGAAUUGAGGGAGCAUUCUCGGGCGCUGGAGAGAAAACUGUUAUACCUUCCAAAGUUAUCGGAAAGUUUUCAAUCAGACUCGUACCGGAUAUGAAACCGGAGAAGGUAAAUAAAAUGGUUGUCGACUAUCUCAACGAUUUAUGGAGAAAACGCGGAUCGCCGAAUACCUUCAAUCCCCGCGUAGGUCAUGAUGCUUUGCCGUGGGUUGCUGACACCAAUGACAGCAAUUUCAGAGCAGGAGCUCGAGCUAUGAAGUUAGUGCACGGUGUGGAUCCUGAUUAUAUACGUGAAGGUUGCAGCAUUCCAAUCACACUCACAUUCCAGGACUUGACGGGCAAGAGCGUGCUCCUGCUACCGUUAGGUGCUGCUGAUGAUAUGGCUCACUCACAAAACGAGAAGAUCAACAAAGUGAAUUACCUGCAGGGAGUGAAAACUCUCCUAGCUUACUUGAUUGAACUGGGCAAAGAAUAAAAUAAAUUUCGAUAUGGUCUAUGAGAAAUGCAAAUCUGAUGCCUCAGUUAUGUCCUCGUUUUUGUAAAGAUAUCUAUUCGAAAUUAUAAAUCUUAUUUUGUUCCUGGAAACUGCUGAUUCAGUCACCAUGAUCCGUACGGCAUACCUC